UGAAAAGUGUUAAACAAACUGAGUUGUUUUUUUUCUCCUUAUGAUUUGCCUUACACCCAUAUCCAACUUUAUGGCAAAACCAAGCUUCCUCCCUCUUAUGUUUGCACUGCUGUCUGCAACGUUUGGAGUUAUUUUGUCUGCAAAAUAUUCUAACAUCACCAUUGAUCAAUCGGUCCUUCUAGCACUGAAAUUGGAUAUAACUCAUGAUCCUCACAACUUCUUGGCAACCAAUUGGUCUAUUUCUACCUCCGUUUGCAAUUGGAUUGGUGUCAUCUGCGGAUCCAAACAACAUAGAAUCACUGCUCUUGAUUUAUCGAGUAUGGAUCUUACUGGCACCAUCCCAUCUCAAUUAGGAAAUCUAUCUUUCCUUGCUUGGCUCGACAUUGGUGACAAUAAUUUUCAUGGCUCUUUACCCAUUGAGUUAGCAGAUUUGCAUCGGCUGGAAUAUUUGAACUUUGGUAACAACAACUUAGAUGGAAAAAUCCCAUAUUGGCUUGGUUACUUCGCUAAACUGCAAAGCUUGUAUCUGUACGGUAACAACUUUGAUGGUGUUAUCCCAUUUACUUUGGGCAAUUUGUCAAAACUAGAAAUGUUAAACUUGGGUAGGAAUCAGAUUUCCGGUAGAGUUCCAAAUAGUUUAUUUAAGUGCAAAGAGCUGGAGUUUUUAUCAUUGUAUAACAACUCCUUGGAGGGAAAUGUGCCUACAGAAAUUGAAAAUUGGACUUUGCUCAACACUUUGUAUCUUGAUGGAAACUACUUCAAAGGUGAAAUUGCACCGGCUAUUGGAAACCUAAUUUCUCUUGUUACAAUUAAUCUUUCUUAUAACAACUUAACAGGUAGAAUUCCAAAUAGUUUAAUCAAGUGCAAGGAGUUGACAUAUUUAGCAUUUUAUGGUAACUCAUUGGACGGAAGCAUCCCUAUGGAAAUUGGAAAUCUGACUAAGCUCCAAUAUUUGUUUCUUGGUUCCAACAACCUCCAAGGUAAAAUUCCACACACUAUUGGAAACUUGACUUCUCUUAUUCAAAUCGGUCUCUCUUGCAGCAACUUAAUAGGUGAAAUUCCUUCCGUUAUUGGAAACUUGACUUUUCUCCAAACAUUUCUUCUUGCAAACAAUAAAUUAACAGGUGAAAUUCCUUCUAUUAUUAGCAACCUUACUUCUCUCAAGAUCAUUGAUUUUUCUCAUAACAACUUAACAGGUAUUCUAUCAUUUUUCUUCCUUUUGUUGUUACAAUUAAGCAAUCCUUCUGGUUGCAAUAGAACUUUGUUAUCUAUUAUUAUAAUUUGCUUCACAAUCUUUUAAUAUCUUAAUAUAAUACUUUUGACUUUAAAAAAGAAAAUUUUAAUUACUCAUUCAAUACUUUAACUACUUUAACAUUAGAAAAAUGUAGGAAAUAUUGGUACAAGAAAAAUAACCAAUAAUUUGAAUUAAAAAUUACUUAAAUCCAACAAUUUAAAACUUGAAAUUUAAACUCAAAUGAAUGAAUUCUGAACUCGAAUCGAAAUAUUUUAUUCUUUUAAACUUUAUUUUUCUAAGUCAUAUGAAAUUUUAUUAAAAGCAUUUAAAACAUGAAUGAUUCAGAGAAUCACAUGUUCAAAACCUGCCUACCCAAUGCAAUAAACAAAAUUACAGGGGACCAAUGAAAAAAAAUAAUGA